AUGUUGGAGGGGCAGGUGUGCUCACUGGGUGACACCACUGGUGGGGGCCCUAACUGCUGGGUCCAGGGCCAAAUUGCUCAACUGCUCAGUCCAUCCCUGCUUGCCCUUAGGAUAAAGCAAAUCUACCUAGUCCUCUACAGUGCAGUUCUGGAGCCAACGGAAUAUUCACAGAGUGCAAUACUGGGAGCCAAUACCAUUAUCCCUUGCACAUUCCAUGUGGGAAACCUCCCUUUAAAAACUGAAUUUUUGGCUAUAAUUUGGUACUUUCAAGGAAAGGAGAUUUUGAACUCUGAUGAUAUUGUUAGAACAUCACAUCCUAGGGCGUCCUUAAACAUAAAUAAGUUAACAGAUGGAAUUGCGUCUUUGUUGCUUACCAAUGUAACAAUAUCGGACAGUGGAACCUACAAAUGUUCAGUGAUUUAUAGUCCAGAAAAAAAGGAGGAGGAAGUUAUCCUCAAUGUUUACGCUAUUCCAACGAUCAUAAUCACAAAUAAAGUUGUUGUAAAGAAUAAGGAGAGCUUUCUCAACAGCACAAUCACUGGAUUCUACCCCAUUGACAUUGACAUUAAAUGGCUCAGAGGCAAUGAGGUCCUGGAAUCUGUUACUCAUUACCCACCUCAGAGACAUUCUGAUGGGACAUACUCAGUGAAAAGCUCUGUCAAAGUAACACCCACUAAAGAAAAUGAAAAACAGACCUUCUCAAUCAGGGUCUACAACGCAUCUCUACAUGAACCUCUCCAGAAAGAUUUCCAACUUGUCUAUGGAGAUUCUCCAAGGAUGAGAAUUUCUAAUGAGGUAACCAAUGGGAAUGACAAUAUAUUGCGCUGCUUAGCCACUGGAUUCUAUCCAGAUGACAUUAAUAUUACUUGGAUUAGAGAUGGAGAAAUCCUCCAGAAGUCACUAUUGGGUAAACUUGAACAGAAUCAGAAUGGUACAUACAAUGUGGAAAGUUCAGUGACAGUGACAAAGGGCCCUAAGGAACAGACAUUGUCCUGCAAAGUCCAACACGCAUCCCUUAAAGAGCCUCUUCAAGAAAACUUCAUACUGAUGAAAAGAGGGGCAGGUUUCUUCUUUGUACGAAAUAAAGACUCCACUCUUAGACCGAUUAUUGACUACCGUGAGCUCAAUAAGUGCACUAUCAAAAACCGUUAUCCUCUGCCUUUGAUCCCAGAGAUGAUUGAAAGGACUCUCAGAGGCUAG